UUAUCGGCUUAUCGGCAAGGUAAUUGCCGAUACCGGUAAUGCCCAAAAUCGUGAUUAUCGGCCGAUAAUAUCGGCCAUACCGAUAAUCGGUCGAUCCCUAGACAAUAUCCAACCUAUAUAAGUAGGGUAUCAUUUUAACCGUAUGGACCUACAGAAUAAUGAUAAGGUGUCCUUUUUACCGAAAAAUGCACUGCGUAGAAAUGGAAGCCCCCAAAACUUACAAAAUGAAAUGUUUUCUUCAAUUUUGUCGCACAAUGAAUUUUUUUCCGUUUUGCCGUAGAUUUUGGGGUAAAAAGACUAAUGUCACUGCAAAGUAGAAUUGGUGGUGCAAGUAAUAAGCCAUCAUAUGGAAUUUUAUGUGCAAAAUUGAAAGAGUUAUGAUUUUUAGAAGGUGAGGAGAAAAAAAUUAAAAUGCAAAAACGGAAAAACCCUGCGUCCUUAAGGGGUUAAACAAGUCCUUAUAGGUGGAAAAAUUUAUGGCGAGGAGGAAAAACCAAAACACAAAAAAAAAAAAUAAAAAAAAAUAAAAGGCAAAUAAUAAGUCAGUAAACCAUGCUAGCUAGAAAUCACUACUCCAUGAGGUGAAUAACACAAUGGCUAUAUACACAACAUUUACCACUGUUUACACCCCAGAUAUACAAAUACAGCCUGAUAAAUUCCCUCCCACCAAGCGCUGUGUCUGAAUAAUACCCAAACACAGAAGGAAUAACCCGACACCUGCUCCAUGCUGCCUUUAUCUCUUCUAUCUAUUCCAGAGGGCGAUACCAUCUACAAAGGCAGGGGGAGCCUUAAGUCCAGAUAUAACACAGAAUGCUUUUAAAUAGUCCAAUCUCUACUGUUAAAUCUUCUCUCCGAUCCAGUCCCUUAUUAUAAUACACAGUGCCCAGAGGGGGAGAAGGUAGGACAGCUGUAUCCAAGAAAAGCUCGGCUUUGAAAUGCGUAUGCGUGAGGGCAUAUGUAAGCUGCUGUCCGUCAGCACUCAGAAGGAUCAAAUACUAAAUGCUGUGAAAAAUCUUAUGACCUGCAGUGCCCGGAUCCAGGUUUAUACUUCACAGCUUCAUUCUCCACAGGAAGCAAGUAAUACUGUGAACUCAGGCAGGAGGUCAUCAGAUGCUGGACUGAAUGAUCGCUUGGCCUGUCCUGGAAAGCUUUAUAUAACAGGUAUCAGAAUUCCUCUGAUGUGGAAGGACACUGAACAUUUUAGCAGCAAAGAAAGGUCAGAUCGCUAUGCAGUAUUCUGCAUGUUGAGACUUGGCCAUGAAGUGUUUGAUACAGACAUGGUUAUUGUGGACAAAACUAUGACAGAUAUUUGCUUUGAAAACACUACUGUAUUCACAGAGGCAAGGCCAGACUUUCAAUUAAAGCUGGAAGUAUAUAGCUGCAGUAUGGAGGAAUCAUCUAUAGUGAACACUCCCAAGAAACUCGCGCGGAAGCUUAGAAACUCAAUUGGGAAAUCUACAGGGAAGAAAUUUAAUUCAGAACUUGAAGAAUCUGAGCCAGAAGCUUUUUUGUUCUCAAAUCCUCACAUGCCGGCAGCAAAAUACAACCUCCUGGCUCAUAUAACAUUAACACUGGAUAGUGUGGAAGAUAGCUUCCGAACACACACCCUUACAAUCACUGGACAUGAGGAAUCCUCUUUCUGGCUUCCAUUGUAUGGGAAUUUGUGCUGCCAUUUGGUUGCGCAACCCUCGUGUUUGACCAAUGAAGUUAUAACUGGAUUUCUUAAUCAGCAGGAAAUGAUUAGUGGUGUUCGUAGUUGGAUCAGACUGUACUGUGUACUGAAAGGUGGGAACCUUCAUUGCUACUACACACCGGAGGAGAUAGAGGCUAAAAUCGAACCAUCUAUGACCAUUCCUAUUAACAAGGAAACAAGAAUCCGUGCUGUGGAGAAAGACUCCAAAAAAAGAACAAACAGUUUUACAGUUAUCAAUCUGGUUUCUGGAGAAGCGGUGACAAAAGUAUUUUCUGCUGACAGUAAAGAAGAACUUCAGAAAUGGAUGGAAGUAUUUUGGCAGCAUUUUUACAACCUCAGUCAAUGGAAGCAUUGUGCAGAAGAACUCAUGAAAAUAGAGAUUAUGUCACCACGGAAACCACCAUUGUUUCUAACAAAAGAGGCAACGUCCGUGUACCAUGAUAUGAGUAUUGGCUCCCCUGUGCAAUUCGAAAGUCUAACAGAUAUUCUACACAGAAAAAUUGAAGAGACAGAUGGGCAGUUUCUCAUUGGUCACGAAGACUCUGUUCCAGCUCCAUGGUCCGCCUUAUUUGAUGGUAAUCAUCAGUUACAUGUUGAGAAGAACACUCUCUCUCCUUCAAAAAAUAAUGACCCAAACCUUCUGGACGGCAAAGGAAAGAAAAGAAGAGCCCCUCCUCCACCUCCCGACAAAACUCCAUAUAGUGCGGAUCAUAAGGUCUCCGACCCAACAGAAAAGGAAAAUAUAUGGCCGCGGUCAAGCUUUUCUCGCAAGUCUCUUGAUGCCAAACUGUCUUCUAUAAUGCAACAGUUCCAGAGGCCAAUUGUCCCUCCCAGAAAGCCAAUAUCCUCUGAGGGAAAUGACCAGAUUGAGGAGGUUUCAUCAAAACCAAUUCCAGCUCCAAGACAGAAGUCCAUUAAAGAUAGACUGGUCCCUAGGUCAUGGUUACCGUCACAAGAAUGACUUGAUUUCUGACACACUUGUCUGUAUGUGUAAAUACCGUAGUUCACAUACAAAUUUACUAAUUUGCUACUGAGAAAAUGGAAAGAAACAAGUUUUUUUUUUCCUUCCUCUAAGCGAUUUGUUGAACAGCAUAAUUGGCUUAUUAUUUUAAUCACAUUCCUAUCCAUGUGUUAUUUGUUAUGUGCUCAGAUUAUGUAUGUGAAAUUUCGAAUACCCUGAAAGAAAUGCAGCAUUUAAUCUUCAAAGAAAGUUUUCUUUUUUAUCAUUAUCCGCUGACUCGCAGACUGUUCAGCCUCGUAAUUACACACAGGACACAAAAGUAAAAUGUCAGUUUAAGUAGAAUUGUACACUAUUUUUUUUAUUUUCUUUUAUAUGGUUAUUCUUGGUAAUCGGUUCUAUUACUGGUCAUAAACAUUAAAGGGGUACUCCGAUGUCAACCAUUU